AUGGAGGGACUGGCAACUGCCAAAAGACGUAAGGUGGGGAAGACACCCAGUUGCUGUGAGUGCAAGUAUCGCAAAAAGCGCUGCGACUUUGAGUCCGGCUCCAACUCCACCUGUGUCUCUUGCCAGCGCCGCGGCAUACCCUGCAUAAGCCAAGGAUCUGCAGACAACGCAGAUGACGAGCAUAAUGAAUACGACGGGGUUGCGAAACAUAUCGAUCGGGUGGAAGACUUGGUGCGUCAGCUCGUACAUAAAAGAGGAGCUCAGUCUCGGGACCAAACUUCCCGGCAGGUGGCUCGUCGAUCAGUGCCCCUUGAUGUAUCAAACUACUCAACGUUGAGAUCGGUCAGCCAUGAGCGAAUGUCUAGGGGUCCAUCACUUACUGAAUUUCUGAACUCGACUCUUCCAGCUCCCCAGAUUGCUACGCUGAUACUUAACGUCAACAAACAAUACAACGCGCCCCUUCAAAUACUACAAACCCUCCAGGUUGACGGUAGCCUUGUUGAAGUUCCGAGCGUUCUGUCCCCGGAUGUCUUCCCAACCGUGCACCCGGUCGACUUUGCUCGCCGGCUAAUCAAGCUUGCUCUUGCUCUUCGGGAGUUGGACGCAAGCAAGUCCGACCAUAUCAGCCUGGACCUUGGAGAGCCCACUGUGAAUACUGCGCAACGGUAUUUUCAGACCGCAAGCUGUCACGUUAUGUCUCAAGACUACCUGGUGGGCUCAUUUGACGGGCUUGAGACUUUGUUGUUGCAAAGCCGCUACCAUAUAAGCAUGGGCGAGCUCCAAACUGCGUGGUAUAUCUACAGACGGGCCUUCAUAUCGCACGUUUGA